UGUAUCUGCUCUCGCUGGACUUCGGCUGCAUAUUUUCUGCCAUUUUCUUCAAAUCUGAAAAGUUAUGAAGCCACACCCAUUUCCUGAAGAAUGGCAUUAGCUUGGGUGCUUGACUGCAUUUGUAAGGUCAGAACGCUCAAAUCAACCAUACUCCUCCGCCCGAACAUCCAGUGUGUGCACAAACGGUCAAUGCUCUGAAUUUAUGAGCACACUCCCAGCACUCCGGAUUGAAUUUAAGAACACCCCCGAAGAAGUCGUGAAAUGUCAAACUACUCAUUUGCUAUGCUAACUAGAUAGCAAGAGGUUGCAUAGCAACAGCAUCAACUUCCGGUAGACAGAUGAAGCGCUAGUAAGCUCAACUGAAAGGAUACUAUUCAUUUACAGUAUAUUAAAAUGAACUAAUAGUAUGCAGUAUACUCAUUAAGUAUGUAGUAUACAAUAUGUUAGUAUGGGUAUUCGAACACAGCUUUUGUAUUUUGGCGAAUUUAGUACGUCAUCCGGGAAAUUUUGGCAUACUAACUACAUCCAUACUAUGACCAAUAAGCACACUAUAUACUCAAUUCACAUCACAAAUAGUACGGUUAGUAUGAGUAUUCAAACACAACUCAAGUCUGGGUUCCAUUGGCGCAGGCAGCCGCAGAAUAGCAGGUGACACGUCUGGCAUUUCGACUUAAUAAUAUUACGUAAAUUCCGGAAAGGGAAGUGGCUCCUUUGGAAAGUUAUCGAAGCAGAAAGUUCUCAGAAGUUAUCUAGCUAAACAAACAGAAGAAGGGAAACAUGGGAACAACAGCAAGUCAAUUAGGGAAGGAUCUGCUCUCAGAAUAUCAGGAGCUGACAUUUCUUACAAAACAAGAAAUUCUGUUGGCACACAAGCGAUUCAGUGAACUCCUCUCCAAAGAGGACAGAAACCUCACCAGUGUGCCCAUGGAGAAAGUCCUUUCACUGCCAGAACUCAAGUCCAACCCUUUCAGGAAAAGGAUCUGCCAUGUAUUCUCAACAUCUGAUAUGAAAGAUGGAAGUCUCACCUUUGAGGACUUCCUUGAUCUCUUGAGUGCCUUCAGCGAUUCAGCUACACUGGAAAUCAAGUCCCACUACGCAUUCCGCAUUUUUGACUUUGAUGACGAUGGUACUCUGGAUGGUGGGGACCUGGAGAAGCUGGUGAACUGUUUGACUGGUGAGACUGAAGACACAAGGCUUACACCUGAAGAGAUGAGGCAGCUCAUCAGCAAUAUUCUUGAAGAGUCAGAUAUAGACAAAGAUGGGACAGUAAAUCUGUCAGAGUUCCAACAUGUUAUCUCGAGGUCACCAGAUUUCGUCAGUUCUUUUAAGAUUGUGCUGUGAAGUCUACAGAAAACACACCAGGAUAUGGAUGCUUUGGAUUCUGUUCUAUUCAUACUAAGAGGACCUCUUCUAUUUUUUCAUUGUAAUACCAGUAACUGAGAAUUUGCCUUAAAUUAUACAGAGUGGCUUUCCCCCCCAGACUAAAGGUUCCUAAGCUUCUGGGCGUGUGAGAAUCACACACUGCGCAUGUUUUUACCUCUACUUGACGCAUACAUUUGCGUUGUCUCUUUCCUUUCACAUUUCUCAUUGUGAAUCGUGAAUGAUAAAGAGAUAAUGGAUUUUUUUUUGUAGGCACAAACUCCACCAUGGUUCGUUGGAGGGGAAAUGAAUGGUGUUUUUGGUUAAACGGCAAAAAUAAGUUUAGGUAAACACGGGCUUAAGAGAUUUUUUUGGUUCUGAGAAUCUUUAUCAGCUAACAUCACUUUCUUGAAUUUUGAAGAAUUCAUAUAAUCUAUUUUAAAAAAAACAUAGCACAAAGGCUUAAUUCAUAAACGUCAUGUUAACUGACUGGUAUUAUCUAAUAGAACAAAACAAGAUCUCCUCAGCCUGUGUUAACCUCAGACCUUAUUUUCGUCAUUUAUUCCAAAACCCUAUUCUUUCCCCAUUCAUUUUUCACAUAGGGUUGGCUGAACGAACCAAAGGUAACUAAUUUCCUGGGUUUUAGGACUACAAGCUGGUGAGCUCUGAUAAUUCUUCAAGUUUUUACCGGUUAAACGUCCAUACAGCAUCUGCAUACCAACCAUUUGAUCUCAUCAGUUUCAUGGGAUAUACAUUUAUAGCUUCGUGUUAUUAUUGUUUCAAAUGAUGGGCUAGUGAGCCAAUUUUAGAGCAGAUGUUAAACUGUAGCAUAGUUUAGGCUGUGUUUUUGCCUAGUGGCCACAUGGAAAAAUUAGUUUUUUUUGUCUGACAGUAAUGUCAUACUAUUAUAUUCGGUUGUUUUGUAGAAUACUAUCAUUGUGAUCUUGCAGGCUUUGAUCAAACUUGAUUAAACAAGCACCAUUAGCCAGAGUAGCCUGUUCUCUCAGAGCGUGCAUAAAGUAGAGAAUAAUUUUUCCAGGGGGGAAAGGUUUGAUCCACAGCCUAAAUUAUAUUGGUCUGUGUAGAUUAAUAUUUACAGUUUGAAAAUGUAUUUCUACAUCAUGUCAGUGCUCUCUUAACUGUAAAACUUUUUAAAAUCUAUAAAUAGCUAGAAUAAAAGUAAUCAAGUCUUA